AUGAAAAAAAACGAAUGCUCCCCACUCUGUAACCCUGGCUACGCCGGCCGGCAGGAGCUCCCGGAGAACCUGAAGAUCCAGUUCCGCACGGUGGCCAUGAUGGUUCCUGACCGGGCCAUCAUCAUGAGAGUCAAGCUGGCCAGCGCUGGGUUCCGUGACAACCAGGUCCUCAGUCGCAAGUUCUACACCCUGUACAAGCUGUGUGAGGAAGUUGGAGGUGUGUGUGUCCACUAUGACUUUGGCCUGCGGAACAUCCUCUCUGUGCUGAGGACGCUGGGUGCGGUGAAGCGGGCGAACCCCACGGAACCUGAGAAGACCGUCGUCAUGAGAGUCCUGCGGGAUAUGAACCUCUCCAAACUGGUGGAUGAGGACGAGCCUCUCUUCAUGAGCCUAAUUAACGACCUGUUCCCGGGCAUCACGCUGGACAAGGCGGGCUACCCCGAGCUGGAGGCGGCUAUCCAGGCCCAGGCCCAACAGGCCAGCCUCACCCCCCACCCCCCCUGGCUGCUCAAGCUGGUACAGCUCUACGAGACCCAGCUCGUCAGGCAUGGCAUGAUGGCGCUGGGUCCUAGCGGAGCGGGCAAGACCGCGUGCAUCCACACGCUGAUGAAGGCCAUGACGGACUGUGGGACCCCUCACAGAGAGAUGCGCAUGAACCCCAAAGCCAUCACCGCCGCGCAGAUGUUCGGCACGCUGGACGUGGCCACCAACGACUGGACCGACGGAGUCUUCUCCACCCUGUGGAGGAAAACACUCAAAGCUAAGAAGGGGGAGCACGUCUGGAUAGUUCUAGAUGGUCCAGUCGAUGCCAUCUGGAUCGAGAACCUGAACUCGGUCUUGGACGACAACAAGACGUUAACGCUGGCCAACGGAGAUCGCAUCCCCAUGUCCCCCACCUGCAAGGUCGUGUUUGAGCCGCACAACAUCGACAACGCCUCCCCGGCCACCGUGUCGCGUAACGGCAUGGUCUUCAUGAGCUCCUCCGUGCUGGACUGGCAGCCCGUCCUACACGCCUGGCUCCAGAACGUUCCGCCAGCGCAGGCCCACGUGCUGCUCGACUGCUUCAACAGCGUCUUCCAGGACCUCGUUAACUUCAUCUUCACGGCAGUGUCGCCCAAAAUGCAAAUCCUGGAGUGUAUGUACAUCAAGCAAGCCCUGGACCUGCUGCAGGGUUUGCUGCCGUCGGCCGAUGAGAAGAGCGCAGCGCAGGGUCACGUGGGACGGCUGUUCGUGUUCGCCGUGAUGUGGUCCCUGGGAGCGCUGUUGGAGCUGGACGACAGGGCCAGGCUGGAGACGUUCCUCAAGGCCCACUCCGCCGCGCUGGACCUCCCCCGCACCCAGGGCGACCAGACCAUCUUCGAGUUUGUGGUCAACGAGGCCGGGGAGUGGGACCACUGGUCUAAAAAGGUCCCUGAGUACAGAUAUCCGAAGGACGUUGUUCCUGACUUUGCCUCCAUACUCGUCCCCAACGUUGACAACGUCAGAACGGACUUUCUGAUGCGGACCAUCAUGCAACAGGGCAAAGCCGUGUUGCUCAUUGGUGAACAGGGCACUGCCAAAACAGUCAUGAUUAAGGGCUACACCAGUAAGUACGACCCAGAGACGCAUCUGAGUAAGAGCCUGAACUUCUCGUCGGCCACGUUGCCGGGCAUGUUCCAGCAGACCAUGGAGAGCUACAUAGACAAGCGCAUGGGCUCCACCUACGGGCCGCCCACGGGGAAGAGGAUGACCGUCUUCAUCGACGACAUUAACAUGCCGCUGAUCAACGAGUGGGGUGACCAGAUCACCAAUGAGAUUGUGCGGCAGCUGAUGGAACAGGGUGGCUUCUACAGCCUGGAGCGGCCGGGCGAGUUCACCACCGUAGUGGACGUGCAGCUGGCUGCCGCCAUGAUCCACCCGGGCGGCGGCCGCAACGACAUCCCCCAACGCCUCAAGCGCCAGUUCUGCAUCUUCAACUGCACCCUGCCCUCCAACUCCUCCAUUGACAAGAUCUUCCACACCCUGGCGCAGGGCUACUUCUGUCCAGAGAGGGGCUUCCCUGAGGAGGUGUGCGCUCUGGCCAGCGCCCUGGUGCCCACCUCCAGGAGAGUGUGGCAAGCAGUCAAGGCCAAGAUGCUGCCCUCGCCCGCUAAGUUCCACUACAUCUUCAACCUGCGGGACUUGAGCCGCAUCUGGCAGGGCGUCCUGACGGUGGGAGCGGAGGUGUGCCAGGGGUCAGCCGCGCUCCUGCGACUCCUGAGGCACGAGUGCUGCCGCGUCAUCGCCGACCGCUUCAUCCACCCCAGAGACACCGACAUCUUUGAUGGGAUCGUAGCACGGAUGGUGACGGAGGAGCACGGGGCGGACCUGUGGGGGGCGCAGGCCGAGGCCGACGCCUACUUUGUGGACUUCCUGCGGGACGCCCCAGAGAGCACGGGAGACGAGCCGGACGACGCGGAGCCUGAGACGCCCAAGGUGUACGAGCCCAUCCCGUCCUACCAGGUGCUGUCGGAGCGUCUGGGGUUCUACCUGCAGCAGUACAACGAGGCCGUGAGAGGCAGUGCCAUGGACCUGGUCUUUUUCAAGGAUGCCAUGAUCCACUUGGUGAAGAUCUCCCGGAUCAUCCGGACUCCCCAGGGCAAUGCUCUGCUGGUGGGGGUGGGGGGGUCAGGCAAGCAGAGCCUCACCCGACUGGCCUCCUUCAUCGCUGGGUACCAGAGCUUCCAGAUCACGCUCACACGGUCGUACGGCGUGAGUAAUCUGAUGGACGACCUGAAGACGCUUUACCGCAUCGCGGGGCAGCAGGGGAAGGGUGUCACCUUCAUCUUCACCGACAACGACAUCAAGGACGAGUCCUUCCUGGAGUACAUGAACAACGUGCUGGCGACUGGUGAGGUGUCCAACCUGUUCGCCCGCGACGAGCUGGACGAGAUCACGCAGGACCUGGUCGCCGUCAUGAAGCGCGAGCAUCCGCGCCGGCCGCCCACCGCCGAGAACCUGUACGACUACUUCCUGUCGCGCGUGCGCAGCAACCUGCACGUGGCGCUCUGCAUGUCGCCCGUCGGGGAGAAGCUUCGCUCACGCGCGCUCCGCUUCCCGGGCCUCGUGUCCGGCUGCACGGUCGACUGGUUCCAGCGCUGGCCUCGCGACGCCCUCGUGGCGGUCGCCCACCACUUCCUGUCCGGCUACGCCUUCCGCUGCACGGAGGAGGUCAAGCAGAGCGUGGUGACCACCAUGGGCACCUUCCAGGACCUGGUGGCCGAGACGUGCACCGAGUACUUCCAGCGUUUCCGCCGGCAGACCUACGUGACGCCCAAAUCCUACCUGUCCUUCAUCAAAGGCUACCAGGCCAUCUACUCCGAGAAGAUUGCUCACGUGGGAACGCUGGCGGAACGCAUGAACACAGGCCUGGCCAAGCUGAUGGAGGCCGAGGUGUCGGUCAGUGAGCUGUCCAAGCAGCUGGCGCUUAAGGAGCAGGAGCUGGCCGUGGCGUCCCAGAAGGCCGAGGGGGUUCUGCAGGAGGUCACGCUCAAGGCGCAGGCGGCGGAGAAGGUCAAGGCCCAGGUGCAGAAGGUCAAAGACAAGGCCCAGGCCAUCGUGGACGAGAUCGAGGGAGACAAGAAGGUGGCCGAGUCCAAACUGGAGGCCGCCAAGCCAGCGCUAGCUGCCGCUGAGGCUGCACUACAGACUAUAAAGCCGGCGGACAUCGCCACAGUGCGGAAGCUGGGGAAGCCGCCUCACCUGAUCAUGCGCAUCAUGGACGCAGUGCUGAUCCUCUUCCAGCGCAGGGUGGACGCGGUCGCCAUGGACCCCGAGCGUCCAUGCCUACGACCCUCCUGGACCGAAGCCCUCAAGCUCAUGAACAACUCAGCCUUCCUAAGCAUGCUCCUGAACUUCAAUAAGGACUCCAUCACAGAGGAAGUGGUGGAGCUGCUCACGCCGUACCUCAGCAUGGACGACUACAACCUGGAGGCGGCCAAGCGCAUCUGUGGAAACGUGGCUGGCCUGUGCUCCUGGACCGAAGCCAUGGUGGACUUCUUCAGCAUCAACAAGGAAGUGCUGCCUUUAAAGGCCAACCUGAAGCUGCAGGAGGCGCGUCUGGUGGUGGCUCAGUCGGAGCUGGCCCAGGCUCAGGAGCAGCUGGACGCCAAGCAGCGUGAGCUGGACGCCGCCCAGGCCCUGUACGACGACGCCAUGCGCGAAAAGCAGACGCUGCUGGACGACGCCCACGCCUGCCGACGCAAGAUGUCCAACGCCAUGGCGCUCAUCGAGGGCCUGGGAGGGGAGAAGAUCCGCUGGACAGAAAGCAGUGCUGAGUUCCAGAGGCAGAUCAGCCACUUGGUGGGGGACGUGCUGCUGGCCACAGGGUUCCUGUCAUACGCCGGCCCCUUCAACCAGGAGUACCGCAACCUGCUGCUACAGCAGUGGACAAUAGAGAUGACCGCCCACCGCAUCCCCCACAGCCAGGGCCUGAAUGUGAUCAGCAUGCUGGUGGACAACGCCACCAUCGGGGAAUGGAACCUGCAGGGCCUGCCCAGUGAUGACCUCUCCGUCCAGAACGGCAUCAUCGUCACGAAGGCCUCCCGCUACCCCCUCCUUAUCGACCCACAGGGUCAGGGCAAGAUCUGGAUCAAGAACCGGGAGAACAACAACGACUUACAGGUGACAUCCUUGAAUCACAAAUACUUCCGCUCCCACCUUGAGGACUGCAUGUCUCUGGGGCGCCCCCUGCUGAUCGAGGACGUCGGGGAGGAGCUGGACCCUGUGCUGGACAACAUCCUGGAGAAGAACUUUAUAAAGUCAGGAUCCACCUAUAAAGUGAAAGUGGGGGAUAAGGAGGUGGAUGUCAUGAAUGGCUUCACCUUGUACAUCACCACCAAGCUGGCCAACCCAGCCUACACGCCCGAGGUCAGCGCCAAGACGGCCGUUGUGGACUUCACCGUCACCACACGGGGCCUGGAGGACCAGCUGCUGGGCCGCGUCAUCCUCAUCGAGAAGCAGGAGCUGGAGUCUGAGCGUGUGAAGCUCCUGGAGGAGGUGACGUCGAACAAGCGCAAGAUGCAGGAACUCGAGGACAACCUUCUGUACCGACUGACCAGCACCGAGGGCUCGCUGGUCGAGGAUGAGUCCCUCAUCGAGGUGCUCCGGGUUACCAAGAUGACAGCGGAGGAGAAAGGUUCAGCGGAGACUGAGAUGAAGAUCAACUUUGCGCGGGAGGAGUACCGGCCAGUAGCCACCAGGGGCAGCAUUCUCUACUUCUUGAUCGUGGAGAUGAGCCUGGUGAACAUCAUGUACCAGACGUCGCUGCGGCAGUUCCUGGGUCUCUUCGACACGUCCAUGGAGAGGUCAGCCAAGUCCCAGAUCACGGCCAAGCGCCUCGGCAACAUCAUGGAGUACCUGACUUACGAGGUGUUCGUUUACACGGCGCGGGGCCUCUACGAGAACCACAAGUUCCUCUUCACUCUGCUGCUGGCGCUGAAGAUCGACCUGCAGGCCAAGAACAUCUCCCACUGCGAGUUCCAGACCUUUAUCAAAGGCGGCGCUUCUCUGGACCUGAACUCGGUGGAGGCCAAGCCGCGGCGCUGGAUCCUGGACGUGACGUGGCUCAACCUGGUCCAGCUCUCGGCCCUGCCCCCCUUCACCGGUCUGCUGGCGCAGGUGGCCCACGCUGACCGCGCCUGGAGGACGUGGUUCGACGAGGCCGCGCCUGAGGAGGCGCCGCUGCCGGGCGACUACGAUAAUCUGCUGGACGCCUUCCGGAAGCUUCUGCUCAUCCGGAGCUGGUGCCCAGAUCGCACCAUCGCUCAGGCCAGGCACUACAUCGCCGACUCGCUGGGCGGCCGGUAUGCGGAGGGAACGGUGCUGGACAUGGAGGCUGUGUGUGUGGAGAGUGAUGAGAGGACGCCUCUGGUCUGCUUCCUGUCCAUGGGGUCCGAUCCCACCGAGAACAUUGAGAAGCUCGCUAAAGCCAAGGCGGUCCCGUGCAGGCCCAUCUCCAUGGGUCAGGGCCAGGAUGUCCACGCCCGCAGACUGCUGUCCCAGAGCAUGGGCGACGGAGGCUGGCUGCUCCUGCAGAACUGCCACCUGGGCCUGGACUUUCUGGACGAGCUGCUGGACACGGUCACCACCACCGAGAACGUCCACGAGGGCUUCAGAGUGUGGAUCACCACCGAGGUCCACCCCAAAUUUCCCAUCAACCUCUUGCAGUCGUCCAUCAAGUUCACCAACGAACCUCCCCAAGGUGUGAAGGCGGGUCUGAAGAGGACAUAUGGCGGCCUGACUCAGGACCAGCUGGAGAUCUCCAACAUGCCCCAGUGGAGGCCACUGCUCUACGCCGUCGCCUUCCUCCACACCACCGUGCAGGAGAGACGCAAGUUUGGCCCUCUGGGUUGGAACAUUCCGUACGAGUUCAACCAGGCCGACUUCACGUCCAGCAUGCAGUUUGUCCAGAACCACCUAGACGAGGUGGACGUGAAGCGUGGGGUGAACUGGAGCUGUCUGCGCUACAUGCUGGGUGAGGUCCAGUACGGAGGCCGGGUCACCGACGACCUGGACAAGCGCCUGCUCAACACCUUCGCCCGCAUCUGGUUCAGCGACAACAUGUUCGGAGACAGGUUCUGCUUCUACAAGGGCUACACCAUUCCAAAAGCCAAGACUGUGCAGGACUGCCUGAGUCAUAUAGAUGCACUGCCACUGGUGGAUUCACCUGAGGUGUUUGGCCUUCACCCAAAUGCUGACAUCACCUACCAGACCAACCUGGCCAAUGAGACCCUGAGCACCAUCAUCAGCGUCCAGCCCAAGGACAGUGGCGCAGGGGGCGGGGAGACACGAGAGAGCUCCGUGCAGCGGCUGGCCAACGAGAUGCUGGACAAGCUCCCGGCCGACUACGUGCCGCACGAGGUGCGAAUCCAUCUGCAGAAAAUGGGAGCCUUCCAGCCAAUGACCAUCUUCCUGCGGCAAGAGCUGGACCGCAUGCAGCGAAUCAUCGGAAGAGUGCGGAGCACCCUGACUGACCUCAAGUUGGCCAUAGAUGGGACCAUCAUCAUGUCGGAGGACCUGCGGAACGCGCUGGACAGCAUGUACGAUGCGCGAGUGCCGUGGCUGUGGCAGAAGGUGUCCUGGGAGUCGUCCACGCUGGGCUUCUGGUUCACAGAGCUGGUGGAGCGCAACCAGCAACUCCACGGCUGGACUUUCGGCGGCCGACCCAACCAGUUCUGGCUCACCGGCUUUUUCAACCCCCAGGGCUUUUUGACUGCCAUGCGUCAGGAGACCACACGCAUGAACCUGUCCAAAGGCUGGGCACUGGACACAGUGGUCCUCCAUAACGAUGUCACGCGCAUGAUGAGAGAGGACGUCACUGCCCCCCCACCCAGCGAUGUCGGGGGCGUCUACGUCUACGGACUCUUCCUGGAGGGAGCCGGCUGGGACAAGAGGAAUGCUAAACUCACAGAGUCUUCUCCCAAGGUCCUCUUCACACCACUGCCCGUGGUGCACGUGUACGCCAUCAGCAGCACCUCCCCCCCUGACCCCAAGAAGGCCGCGGCCGUCAGCCUCUACCCCUGCCCCGUGUACAAGAAGCCCCGGCGCACUGACCUCACCUUCAUCUUCUCCCUCCUCCUCCGGACCAGCCAGCCCGUGGAGCACUGGACACUGCGAGGGGCGGCUUUGCUCUGCGACUGCAAAUGAACAAGUAGCUAAAACACCCCUGGUGCGUUUUUAGCUAAAGCACCCCUGAAUGCCAUUUAGCUAAAGCGGCCCUCUUGCGUUGGCCAUUUAGCUAAAACACCCCUGGUGCGUUGGCCAUUUAGCUAAAGCAGCCCUCUUGCGUUGGCCAUUUAGCUAAAGCAGCCCUCUUGCGUUGACCAUAUGCUGAUGUGUUUCUUGGGAGUGGUUUGGGAGUAUUCCAACCAAGCAGCAACACACGUGAUUUCUCUCCAAAUUUCUCACCUAAUCAACAAACAAAAUGGAUGGAGCAAGUCAUGUGUGCUGUGCCUGGUGGGAAUAAUGAUCAGUAGCUAUAGCGACAGUCAGCUGCUGAGAGCGCUGAGUGUGUCCUUUGCUUGUUAUGAUUUGCUCUUUAAUAUGUAGUGGAUGGUGACCUAAUUAGGAUGUAAGUGAUCAUGACAAUGACAAAGAAUGUAUCUAAUGAGUUUACAAUGGAACUACACACUUUUUACAUUUGAAAAAUCAAAUUAAGUCUGAUAAAUAGAUAUUUUAGUAACUAGGUCAAUUAUGCUAAUUGGGUGUUAGCCAGGUCAAUUAGUCUAUUUCUAUGCAGGGCGCUGUUCUUGGGAUUCUAGUGGCCUGUACUGAGUCCAGCAGCAGUU